AUUUUAUACCUCACACCACUACACACGUAACGUCACGUCACGUAACGUAACGUAACGAUUAAGAGAGACGCAACUGUACAUUGUACUUAAGUGUUCAAAAGGGAAGAGUUAUUUAGUUUACUUUGUAUAUAAGGAAAAGUAGCUAAAAGCACAAGGAAGGAACAGUAAAGAGAGAGAGAGAGCGAGAAGAGGAGAAGGAUUAGUCACUAGCCACUAAGCAGGAGUAGCGAUAGGAAGCGAUAAACAACCGAUAACCGAUAACCGAUCAUCCGAACGUUCGCACGUUCGCAGUCACGUUUCACCACGGAAGCAGCAGAAAUAGCAGCAGCAGCAGCAGAAGCAGAAGCAGCCGCAGUUGCCGCCGCCAACGCCAACGCCACCGCCGCCUCCACAAUGACGAUGAGUACAAAUAACUGUGAAAGCAUGACGUCGUACUUCACCAACUCGUACAUGGGCGCCGACAUGCACCAUGGCCACUACCCGGGCAACGGCGUCACCGAUCUCGAUGCCCAGCAGAUGCAUCACUACAGCCAGAAUCCAAAUCACCAGGGCAACAUGCCCUACCCGCGCUUCCCGCCCUACGACCGCAUGCCCUACUACAACGGCCAGGGCAUGGACCAGCAGCAGCAGCAGCACCAGGGCUACUCCCGCCCGGACAGUCCCUCCAGUCAGGUGGGUGGCGUGAUGCCACAGGCACAGACCAACGGCCUGCCCACCGGUGGCCAGCUGGUGGCCCAGCAGCAGCAGCAGCAGCCCCAACAGCAGUCACAGACCCCACAGCAGCAGCAGGCGCAACAGCCGCAGCAGCAGCAGCAGCAGCUGCAGCAACUGCCACAAGUGACGCAACAGGUGACACAUCCCCAACAGCAGCAGCAGCAGCAGCAACAACAGCAACAGCCUGUCGUCUAUGCCAGUUGCAAGCUGCAGGCGGCCGUGGGCGUGGGUCUGGGCAUGGUUCCCGAGGGUGGCUCUCCCCCACUGGUGGAUCAGAUGACGGGACAUCAUAUGAAUGCGCAAAUGUCGCUGCCACAUCACAUGGGACAUCCGCAGGCGCAGUUGGGUUACACGGACGUUGGAGUUCCCGAUGUUACAGAGGUCCAUCAAAACCAUCACAACAUGGGAAUGUACGGACAACAGCAGACGGGUGUGCCCCCUGUGGGUGCACCACCACAGGCAAUGAUGCACCAGGGCCAGGGGCCGCCGCAGAUGCACCAGGGCCAUUUACCGGGCCAACACACGCCGCCAUCCCAAAACCCGAAUUCGCAAUCCUCGGGGAUGCCGUCACCACUGUAUCCCUGGAUGCGAAGUCAGUUUGAACGCAAACGUGGCAGGCAGACGUACACACGCUACCAGACCUUGGAGCUGGAGAAGGAGUUCCAUUUCAAUCGGUACUUGACGCGUCGGCGAAGGAUUGAGAUCGCGCACGCCCUCUGCCUGACGGAGCGCCAGAUCAAGAUCUGGUUCCAGAACCGCCGCAUGAAGUGGAAGAAGGAGAACAAGACGAAGGGCGAACCGGGAUCGGGCGGCGAGGGCGACGAGAUCACGCCACCCAAUAGUCCGCAGUAGACAGAGAGCGACAGAUCGGAGAGACACACACACUAUUAAAUGAAUUUCUAUCCUAAAUACAAUUUAUGUUUUUUUUUGGAGAGCGCAACAACAGAAUUUACUUCGAUCCCAGAGGACUAUCUAUCUACUACCCCAUGUAUCCAUCUAUAAAAUCCAAUCCGUUAAAACUAAACCCAAAAGAAAGGGGAAAAAAGAAUAGAAGAGAAAACUAUACCUACAACUUAGUUAAUUGUUAUUAUUUUCUACUUAUUAUUUAAUUUUACACGAAUUGCAAAUGGAGAAAGGAUAGGCGUAAAGAUAAAGAUAGAAGAUAAAGAGUAAAGAUAAAAGAUACAAGAUACAAGUAAAGCGUAAAACUCAAACAAAACCAACUCAUGUGACCUCAGAUCUAAAUAAGCUAUAUUUAAAUAUAAUGCAUAUACCUAUGGAUAACUAUACAUGAUACCAACUAAAGCUAAAGGCAAGGAGUUACAUAUAUGAAAAUAAAUCUAUAUAUGAAGCAUAUAUACGUACUACUAUAUACACGAUAACACUAGUUCUAUGCGUCAUAAGUAACUGUACGAUUAACUUAUAUAUACACCCCCAUAAGCCCAACCCAAGAACCCCUUUAAACCCCUAAAACUAAAUCAAUGUUUGUAGCAAUCUUAGCGCAAAAUAAAUAUUACAAAAAAAAGGAAACGAAUAAAAAUAAACCAAAAUGGCGUCAAAAUCCAUUUACCCCCCAAUAAAAUGGAUAACAGAAAAACUAUAAUAAAAAUCUUUUGACCCUAAGUGAGGAGUGUCUGCAAAUUUAGACAAAGAAAUACCAAAACCAAUGGAAAGACGUUGCUUAAAGUAAACAAAAACGUUUUACAUAUACAAUAAAAACUAUUAUAAAAACAAAAACAAAACAAAAAAACAUUUAAAAAAAACAAACAAAAUUUGUAUAAAAUAUUUUCGGCAACUUUUGAACUUUUGAAAGUCUCUCCCAAUGGAAAUUUUAGAGACCUUUUAAUUUCGUUUUUAUGUGUGUUUUCAUUUUAAUUUCUUGUGCAAUUUUUUAGUUCUUGCAAAAAAUAAAACUCGAGUUAGGUCGUAAAGGAUAUAAAGUAUACCGAAAUGCAAAAAACAAAAAAAAACGCGAAGAAUAUUGGCAAAAAUGAAAAUGAAAUCUAUAUUGUUAACAGAAACGAAGAGAACACAAACAAAACAAAGAAUAUGUAUAAAUUAAU